UUUACUGUUUUACCUUUUUUCUGUCUUCCAUCGAUCUCCUUAUUCACGUCGCCCCGUUUUCGAUUAUCAUUGCCAGCACGAUAGGUCAACAGACAAUCAGUAUGAAUAUAAAUCGAUACAUUCCUGCAAAAUAUCGCCCGAACUUGAGUAAAUACAAGUACUCGGGCGUGGACGAGUCUUUACUCUCGAAAUACGUCCUUGGUCCAUACUGGACCAAACUCGUGACAUUCUUCCCCGUUACCAUGGCUCCCAAUACGAUUACUGGUCUCGGAUUUCUUUGUGUGGUUUUCAACGUUCUGACUAUGUACUACUAUGCGCCAGAUAUGACAGAAAUUUGUCCAUCAUGGGCCUACUUCAGCUUUGGUAUUGGACUCUUUGUAUACCAGUCGAUGGAUGCAAUUGAUGGAAAGCAGGCUAGAAGAACAGGAACUUCAGGACCCUUAGGAGAGCUUUUUGAUCACGGCUGCGAUGCACUGAAUACUUCGCUUGAGGUUAUUUUGUUAGCCAAUGCCAUGCAUCUAAGUCAGAGCUGGUGGACUGUUCUUUCUCACUUCUUGGCGCUUGGAAACUUUUACUUGAGCACGUGGGAAGAGUAUCACACUGGAACUCUUUAUUUGAGCGCGUUUUCAGGACCUGUGGAAGGAAUCAUUAUGAUUGUGAUCCUUUACCUCAUUACUGGCUUCACUGGUCCAACUUUCUGGGUCCAGACUUACCGUCAGAUGUUUGGCAUAUCCUCCAAGUUUUUGCCCUUCAUACCUGAUAUGCAGGUUAAUCACAUCUUGGUCGCUUUUGGAAUUGUCACAUUGACAGGAAACAUUGUAACAGCUAUGCAGCAUGUGAUCAAGGCACGCAGAGGCAAGAAUUUGUCCGUCGCUCCUGCAUUGGCUGGUGUGGCUCCGUUCCUGGGCAUAUCGGUUGUUGCUUAUUUUUGGCUUAAUGCUUCACCUCAGAUCCUCAACCAGCAUAUUCUUCCCUGGAUUUUAUACACUGGUCUUUCCUUUGGAUACACUGUCGGCCUCAUGAUUACAGCCCAUGUAACUCACCAACCUUUUCCCAUGUUCAAUAUCAGUUUUCUUCCCUUGAUCGUCGGAUCAUUGAACGCUAAUCUGCCUGCAUUUGGGAUGGAAAGAGUUUUUGGAGCUCAUGUUGAAAACAUUUAUUUGUGGAGUUGCCUCGCUUUCUCCGCCGCUGCCUAUGCUCACUUUGCAAUCAAUGUUGUCAACGACAUCUGUGAUUACUUUGAUAUUUGGUGCUUUACUAUUAAGCACCCCAAGAAGGCAGAAUAAAAAUAUAAAUAAUAAACAGAAAGAUAUUCAGCAUCUAUUCUCAUCCCUGAUCAUUUUCCUUUGGUAUUUUUUCCUUCUUUCUUUUAUUUAUUUAUUCAAAAUCAAACCAUCUCCAGCAUCAUCUACUGUUGAGAAUACAGCAACCGAAUAAAG